AUGAAUAAUGAUAAUGAUUCUCCAUUUAUAUUGCUUGUGAAUGAUGAUGUUUCUGCAUUUGAUAAUCCCAUUGCAUCUCCUGAAAUUGUUGCAUCAAAUAAUUCAUCUGAGCCUCAAAGCACCUCAUCUGAAAUACCUAAAUUUGCAAAGUUGAUGACUAGUGAGUUUGAGAUGUCUAUGAUGGGUGAGCUUUCAUAUUUCCUUGGUCUUCAAGUUAAACAAUCAAAGGAAGGAAUUCAUUUGUCUCAAACCAAGUAUGCAAAGAAACUGGUUAAAAAAUUCGAUUUGGAUAGAGUAAAGAACUUUGGUACACCGAUGGGAACAAGUAACAAAGGACUUGGACUGAAUGUUGAAGAACAAAGUGUGGAUGAGAAACAGUAUAGAAGCAUGAUCGGCAGUUUACUGUAUUUGACAGCGAGUAGACCGGACAUUGCUUUUAGUGUGGGAAUCUGUGCUCGCUAUCAAGCUAAUCCAAAAGAAGUUCAUUUGAAAGCGGUUAAGAGAAUCAUACGAUAUGUUUAA